AUGCCACCGCCAUUGCCAUUCCCUGGCUGUCUCGACUGGGCGGGGCAGCAGGUAGCGCACCCAAACUGGCGGACCACCCACUCCCUGCUGUUCCUGGCGCAGCUCGCCUUCUCCGGGAUGCACGUGAUGUCCAAUCCCGCGCUGCAUUAUCUGCCCCCACUGGUGUUUGCAGCCAUCCGUCUUUCCUUGGCGCUUCCAUUCCUUUUCCUCACAUCGAAGCAGGAGGGUGAAGUAACGAUGGGCUGGCGGGACAACGCGCAACUCCUUGUGCUUGGCAUCACAGGUGUGGCCAUACCACAGAGCAUCAUAUUCGUGGCCAACGAGCUGGGUGGAGCCGGACUGGUGGGGAUUCUCACCCCCCUCAGCACUGUCUUCACAGCCGCGUUGGCUGGGCUACUGGGACUGGAAAGGAUCGGCCUUUUAAAGAUGGCUGGUGUGGGGAUGGCAGCCGUGGGAGCCGCGCUUGUUGCUGUCGCUGAUGGCGGCAACGUGUCUGGGAGGAGCCCUUGGGCUGCGAUUGCAAUGAUAGCGAACACCUUCAGUUACGCUCUCUACACGAACCUGAUGUACCUGUUCCUAAUCCGAAAGCCGCACCCAUUCACGGCAUACUUCAAGGCAGUGACGUUCGGCCUGCUGUGCAUUCUGCCCGCCGCGGUCGCUCAAGCCCGCUUCAGACCUGUGGACUGGCGCCUAGUGCCCUACUGGGUGUGGUACGUCGAAAUUUACGUUGGCGUCGUGGUCACUUCGGGAGCCCACGCGAUGAUUGCCUGGGUGGUGCAGCACGUCGCUCCAGUCCUACCGGGUGUCUACGGCGCAUUAACGCCGGCGCUGACUGUGGGAAUGGCGGCCCUGUUCCUCGGGGAACGCUUCCAGUUGGGGGACAUUGGAUGUGUGGCCCUCAUAUUGACGGGAAUGUUGCUCGUCCUCCUAGCGCGAUUCCGAGACUCGAAGGCCAAUGUUGCUUCACAGCUGCCAGAGAAGGCAGAGGCGAAGCAUGUGGAUGGCGACGAAGCGAUGGAAACUCUGCUUGGCGUGUGGAAGGGGGUUGUGGCAGGAGAGAAGAGCGAAUUUCAGCUGUUGAGGGAUCUGGAGAAUCUCGAUGGAGGGACUUUGACCGUGAACUCUUUUCGAAUCGAAAGGGAUUUAGUGUUUUGA